GCUGGGAAUUGUGGGACGUACCCGCCCUCAUCGCGCACUCGGGCGGAGACUGUCUUACUUUUGGAGGCGGGGCGAGUAGCGGAAGUAGUGUGAUGUUAUGUCCGGGUCUCGCUCGCUGCGUCUCAUCGUUGGGCCCCGCGACAAGAUGGCGGACCUCUCUCUGGACGAGCUCAUACGGAAACGCGGUGUGAUGGUGAAAGGGAGACUUAACACAAGGCCAGUGUUUGGAGGUGUAAGAUCUCGCAUUGGGAUCCAGCAAAAUCUUCUCAAUAGGUCAUCACCAGCUGUCAGCUUCCAGCGGACAUUUGAUGCCCGGCAGAAGAUAGGACUCACUGAUGCCCGUCACAAACUGGGGGUUAAAGAUGCCCGUGAAAAACUGAUUCAAAAGGACGCUCGGUUCAAAAUCAAAGGGAAGGUGCAGGAUGCUCGAGAGAUGUUGAAUUCCCGUAAGCAGCAAAGUGUUGCUGCUGAAAAGGUGACCAAAGUGGUGGAUGCCAGAGAGAAGAUCAGCUUAAAAAGGAGCACUCCAGCUGCUAUCAGCCCAACGAUGGGGACAGUAAAUCCAGCUGUGAAAAUCACCAAAACUAUCCAAAAAGCUCCAGUUCCUGGACACUCUCAUCCAGCAGGAAUGAGGAUCAAUGUGGUGAACAACCAUACACACAAACAGGGUCUGUAUGACAUGGAAGAUGAUGAUGAAAGUGUCUCUCCCCUUCCUAGCAAACAGAUGAAAAUCACCACCACAAACAGUUUCCUGCACAACGCGACCGGGCUGAGUGGCAAUAAAUUCUCUCUGUCCAAGACUGUUCCCCUGACUAAAGUGGUCCAGAAUGAUACGUACACAGCUCCACCUGCACCUCCCUCUCCUAUGAGGACAAAGGCCUUGACAAACAUGUCCCGGACCUUAGUGACAAAGGAGGAGCCUCCAAAAGAACCGGCACCUGUUGAGCUGGCGUUCAGUCCUUUGGAAGGCACAAAGAUGACCGUAAACAAUCUGCAUCCUCGAGUCACAGAGGAAGACAUUGUUGAGCUGUUCUGUGUGUGCGGCGCUCUGAAGCGAGCCCGGCUGGUGCACCCUGGAGUGGCUGAGGUAGUAUUCGUGAAGAAAGAAGAUGCCAUCACAGCGUAUAAGAAAUACAACAACAGGUGUUUAGAUGGUCAACCAAUGAAAUGCAAUCUUCAUAUGAACGGGAAUGUCAUCACCUCAGAUCAACCUAUAUUGCUCCGAUUGAGUGAUACCCCCUCAGUGAAGAAGGAAGGGGAACCAUGCCGGUCAAGUGCAAGCACCGCCUCAAAUCCCCCAGCUGAGGUGGACCCUGACACUAUCUUGAAGGCACUCUUCAAAUCCUCAGGGGUCUCUGCCUCUGUGCAGCCCACAGAAUUCAAAAUUAAACUCUGAGAAGGGAGAGCGAGCAGUGGACUGGAAUUCAAGUUGGGGAAUGAGAGAAGUGCAGGAGUGCAGAUGUUUUUUGCAUUUGCCUGCCUUUAAAUUUUUUUUGUUUUCUAUGAUCGCUACCUUACUGUACAAUAGUGUUUCCUCUUGUGUGUGUACUUUCUGUUUUCAUAGUUGGAGUUUUCUUCCAUGACUCUUUUUUUCUCCUUUUUUCCAAAAGGAUAACCUCCCCCUUCUGCCAGUAAUGUAUUACCAAGCAUAUACCAUGUAACUCCCUCCUUUACUCCAAAGCCCUUAGUGGCCAUUAAAAGUGCACGUAGACUUUGAGAGGGAAGGAGCGGUGACCUUCUUCUCUUUUCUUCUGACUGACCUUUAACUAAAAGGUGCAUCCUCUUGACUGUUGACAGGCAAGAACACCACGGUGGUUUUGAAAUUGCUGCACUGGGUACAAAGUCAGGUGUGGCUUCAUGCAGGAAGCACCAUGUUGCGACUUCGACUUGUGUGCACUCAGUAACAUACUACUUUAUUUUGGUUGUUGGAUGUUUUUCUGCUCAGCAGCUGAGACGUUGAGAAGUGUGAAAAACGGAGUGUCUUGCUGUGUAUUCCAGACAAUGGAGGCAUCAGGGAGAAAGGACAUAUGCACAAGUGCACCCCUCACCGUCUAUGGGAGGAAUGGCUCAGCUCUGGUAAUCCAGAGGUAUGGGGGUGCGAAAAAGGCCCUGGCAUUUGUACAAUGAGCCCUGUGGGGUCAAGCUCAGUUUUUCCUGGACUGAAAAACAAGAACCAGGCUUGUGUUCAGAGUUAGAAGAAAUCCAGGUGUUUCGCUCCUAUUAGACUGUGUUGCAUCCUCCUGCUGAUGUCGGCAUGUUAAUCUUUUUCUUACCUUCUAACCUACCCUGUCUCCUAUACAAAGGAGCGAGCUGGGGCCUUUUUCAGAUGCUAGUGUGUUGGAAACAGCCUUCCCUUGCACCUGAGAACUCACUUCCUUGAGAUGUCACUUGGACAGCGUUUGGCUGCUGUGCGGUCAUGCUGCUCACGUGUGGGUUUGGAGGAUGAUCGCUGCACUCCAUGGCUGCAGGGAGAGGUUUUGCAGAGGAGAGCAGGUCGUGCUCUGUAAGGAAAUGCAGAGGAGCAUUAGGCAAGUCUCAUGCAGAGCAGCAAGGAUGUUCCUUGGGCCAGUGAGUGUCUGUGAUGGGCCACAGGCCACUAGGUGGCAUUUCCAGUACUUUGUUAGCACAACGUUAUUGCCAUGGGUAUUUGGAGUCCCAGUAGCUCCCCAUUUUUUGUAUUUGUUCAAAUUGUAUUAUAAGAAAGGAAAGCUAAAAGCCGCUUCCAGAAUGUAGUUGGGAUUUGAACUUGAUCCUUCUAGCUGGGAGACUAACCUGAUUCAUUCUGUUCAGCUCUGCUGAACUUUAAUCAAUUCCCUGUAACCGUUUUAGGUCCAGAUUCUAUUUCCUGGCCAACCCUCUGUUUCUUUCGCUUUCUUGUUCUGUAUGAACCCUUUGCUCUAUCUACCUUGUGCAAACCAUUCCUCUGUCUCACUGCAUCCCUUUUAGCCAUGGAAAUAACCGAGGAUUUGGCAGGACUUGUUUUUCCCGAGUACUCUCUUUGGUUUGGAAGCCAACACCAUCAUUAGUGGUAAGGUGCUUCAUGUAAACAGAUGUUUGUAGGGGAGGGGACCCAAGACAGCUAUUGUUCUCCUUUUUUAGAUUGUCCAUCAAACACCUGUGUUUUAAUUAAAAAAAAAAAACUAUGUGGGGAGGGGGAGGAAACUUUAGGGGUUGGAGGAGAUAAUGUAUUAUCUGUUUCUGAAUAAACAUUUGUUAUACAGAGA